AUGACUGAACAGACGAGUGAAGUUGGUUAUCUCAAGAUUCGAGCUUGCUUGCUGCUGGUGGUGUGCCUGUGGCAAAGGACACAGCAAACCCUGGCGACAUCGUGCCAGGAUGGUGAACUGAGAAUAAUCGGCAGAGGCGAAACGAGAUGCUGCCCCAAAUGCAGCUCAGACGCGGACAACAGCCCAUGUCAAAAAAUUGAGGACCGUGAGUGCAAAUGUCGUCAGGGAUACAGCUGUGUUGAUCGUCCGUGUCUCUACUGCGAAAAACUGCCUGAAUGUGGAGAGGGCGAGGAGCUGGUUAAGAUUGGCUCUGCUGACUUCACAUUCAGAUGUCGACCAUGUGAGCCAGGAACCUAUUCUAAUGUUAAGAAUGGCUGGUGCCGUAACUGGACUGAUUGUGAAAGCUUUGGGUUUCUAACAAUCAAGCAAGGCAACAGUACACAUAACACAGUAUGUGAUUCCUCUGCUAAAGAUUUGGAGAAAGCUCCUAUUACACCUGACUCUCUAUAUACCACCAUCCUGGCCAUCCUUACCGCAGUGGCUGUAUUUGUUCUCAUCCUGCUGACCUUCUUCUUGCAUUUCUGCAUAUGGUCACUGAAGAAAGAAAAAUACCAUACAGCCGAGGAUCUGGAACAUAACUUCCCUAGGCUGCCGAGGGCUUCCCAACUGUCACACCUUAAAGAAGAGACUUACAGCUGCCAGUUUCCAGAAGAAGAACAUGGGGACAAAGCACCAGAAGAAAAACCUUGCUAUUGCCAUCUUCAGAGUCUACAGUGA